AUGCGGGACGAGCCCCUACUACCCCCCUUCUGCGCCACGAGCGCACGCAGCCAGGCAAAACGCAGCCAGGCCAAGCGAAGAACGCCCAAGUACACUUACGAAAAUUUCAAGAUGGAGAAUGAAUUUUUUUUCAACUCUCAUGCAAAGAUGAGGAACAUGUACAAUAACAUACUAACUAGCAGCAACUCCUUUGAUGUGUUUGAUGUGAACGGUGCGACUGACGUGAUGGGUGUGACUGACGUGAUGGACGUGACUGACGUGAUGGGUGUGACUGACGUGAUGGACGUGACUGACGUGACUGACGUGAUGGACGUGCCAGACGUGAUGGAUCUUCCUGAUGAUCCUGACGCUCCUCACGCUCCUGACACUCCUGACGUGCCUGAUGAUGACGUUAAGGGUAGCUGCUCGGCAAGGUGCUCGGAGCGGAGAGGGGGGAGCGCUUCCACGUGCAGACAUGAGGAGGAAUUAGCACAACGAGGGGAUGAAUGCACGUGGCCAUCGGUCGAGUCCAACCCAGAAAGAACCUACGCACAACCUCUGAGAGAGGAAGAGUCUGCUUCACUCCUGCGUCACACAAGUCGUUACAGCAGUCUGUGUCUCUAUUCGACCAACCAGACGGUGCAUGGCACAUGCUACAACAGAGAGCAUACAAAAUGUAGCAUUCAAAAAAGGAAGACCUUCGCAAAAUGCAGGAUGUUAAAAAUGGAUGGAAGGUAUACAAAUUAUUACGCCCGUGUUCAGGGGAAGAAGCGUAACAGGGUGUGCCUUAAAAGGAAAAAAAAGAAAACAGUGCGAGGGGGUGCUCUCACAGGGGAGAUGAACAAAAGGGACAUCACACUAUUUGAAGACCAUCCGUUGGAGGAUGUGGGGAAAUUUGAAAAGGUCUCAUCUUCGAUCCAUGCAUAUCCUAGGGGAAGGAGUGCACACAUGGUCUUCCACCCUGAGGAGGCACACCUCGAGAGGGUACUCCCGUCAGAGGAUACGCUCGACAAACCCAACAGGGACAAGUACCUCGCGUACAUCUCCCAUUCGAUAAUAAGACAAGGUCGAAAAGUCAGCUGCUUCGAAAAAAAUGCAGAUCGAAUGCUCGAUUUGGUGGAACUUGUGCUUUACAACAGAAUGAAGGAAGCUUUUUUUUUAAAGGAGAGGAUCUGCGACAAAGACAGAUAUAAAGAACUGUGUCCCGAAGUCUUCUUCUUCGACAACGAUGACGACCUCAUCGAAACAAUGGACCGGAACUGCCGAUUCCUGCCAAAGGUGCCAGCCAAAGAAAAUCUAACCACCUACCGAGGCCCCUCUCCAUCCAGCAUCUUCGGAGAACACUACUCCACAUACAAAUACUUCUUCAAACUUGUGAAGGUAGACAUAAAGCUUUAUAGAUGGCCCGACCCCUACGAUGCAGUAAACACUGUACAAAAUAAACGUUUGAAAAAGUUGAGCUGUUCUGAUCUGCUAUAUAGUUACAAAACGGGAGUGAAUUAUCCAUGUGGGAAUGACAUACGAAGGGCCACCAAAGUGGACAAUGCGGGGGAGACGAAAAAGAAGAAAAAGGAGAAAAAGAAAUAUUUGCUUCCUUUCCUCCAGUCUGCUCCUACGAGAGAGGACAAUGAGGAGAUGCAACACACGGAAUAUAUAAGCGUGAACAGAAUUCCCCCCGAUUUAAUUCAGCUUUUAAAGUACAGAAAUGUGACACUGGGGUGA